CAGACACACAGACGCCUGUCAAAAUGUCCAAGGGUCCUGUCCUGCUCUGGCUAGUGAUGGAGCUUGGGUGCCUUUAUCUGACACCAUCUGCUUCACAGGAUACUGUGAUAGGGGUUUUGAGUCAGUCGGUGACUUUGCCGUGUCAGUAUUCAUCCUGGUCUCACAACCACAACAGCAUGUGCUGGGGCAAAGGCACAUGUCCCAAAUCCAAGUGCAACCAGGAGCUCGUCCACACGGAUGGAUCAAAAAUGAUCUCCAGAAAGUCAACAAAAUACAGUCUUCAGGGGACUAUCAAGGAAGGUGAUGUCUCCUUGACCAUCUCAAAUGCCAGUGAAGAUGACAGUGGGACGUACUGCUGCCGCAUAGAAGUGCCUGGCUGGUUCAAUGACGUGAAGAGGAAUAUUCACCUGAAACUGAGGCGAGCCCCAGGAACGACACGACGAGCAACAACCACAAGACAAACAACAACCUCUCUCCCAACCACAACCUUGGACGUGACAACCACGACAGAGAUGCUUCCAACAACAGUUAUGACCACUCUUGACUCCACAACUGGAAUGCCACCUCAGACACAGGCCACCUCUGCCCUCACAACUGCAGCAACCACCUGCUCCCUGACAAUGCCCAGGUCCUCAGAGGAAACCACAGGCCAAUUAACCACCGAAACAUUCAUGGAGGGGUCUGUCAUCACUGCAGAACCCGAAACUCUUCUCCCAUCAAGGGACUCUCAGAGCAGCACGGAGGCUGCUUCCCCGGACCCUGCCUCGCUCACAUCUACAGGGUCCAAAGCUUGGGUUCUCCCAUCAACCUCCCAGGUGAAGGAGUGGGAAACAAAGACUAUUAGGAUUUCUCAGCCUGGAGUAUCCAAGAUGACAGAGCAUGUGAAGACCGGAAAUGGAUCAAAUCAGAACAAGAAGCAAUAUAUCCUGAUCAUUGCUUGCUGCGUGGGGUUUAUGCUGAUGCUGAUAUUGUUCCUGGCUGUUGUCCUGCGAGGGAAAGUCACGGAAACCAAUUGUUUGCAGAAACACAAGAGGCUAGACAAUGCUGGAGAGAAUAAAAGCGUGCUCAGUGACGUGCCAAAUGGAAGGGAAGAGGAGGAUGGGCUCUUCACUCUCGAACUUGCUUCUUAUGCUUAGGGGUGACUGACUAGCCCAACUGGAUUGACUCUUCAGGGAGGAGGCAUUGUCUCUACCCAGAGGCAGACUCCAUUAUCUAACAGCGCUUCCCUCUCGUGUUCCAGCCUGGCAGUUCUCAAGCUAUACCCUUCAGUCCAGCAGCCACCACAUCAUCCGAGCUUGUUAGGAAUGCAGAUUCUUGCUCCCAUCCUGUACCUGCUGAACCAGAAACUCUGCAGGGAAAGCCUGGAGAUCCAUGGUUUAACAAGCUCUUUGCAGGGUAAUAGCUUUAAACAGGUACAUUCUCCUUUACUCAGACUGUGUGACGGCAACUCUGGAUGGACAGAGAGUCCGGAGCUUCCUUCACGAGCAGGCUGGGUUCCUGUGGAUUCCCCUCCCAGAAGCUAGCAUCACAACUUGCUUGAAUUUUGAAGUAGCUUCCCAUCUGGAUCCACAGGCUGCCCUCCUUUCCCUGCUAACGUCUUCUCUGCACAGACAAGAGAUCUCUCUCUUCAGGACAGACCUGUGACUUCCAGCUCUUAGACUCACAUAGAAGUGCACUUAGGUUCUCCCUGGGGCAGGGUGACAAACUGAUGACUUCAGAGACCAAGCGUUUGAUACAGCUGAGUGAAAACUGGAGGUGAUGUGACUUGUGAAGGAAAAUCAGCCUGACAAAUGACUGACUGAACUGACCAUCUGCCCACCCUGACCCCACUCCAAGAAGGAGAUAUGUCUAUUUCAGAAUGCUUUGCUUCUAGGAAAAGACACCUGAUUCCUUGUCGGCCUCCUUGAAGAUCUGGUUCCUUAUCAAACCCCCAAUCAGAACUCUCAUCUCUCCUUCACAGAUUUCAGGAAGAAGCUCUAUACAACCCAAGAAGGCACAACCCACCUUCUGGGAUUCCAGAAGAACAUGACCCCCUAUCUGGGAUUUUCUGGGCCCACUUAUAAUUCCCAGACCUCCCCCAACCCCAAAGUACAACCUCCAUUUCUAAGGUUUCUUGCUUGCCCCUCAUGGCUAAUAAAGCUAUUUGCAUCUGUU